CCUAGACAUCGCGCAUUGUUCAGAUGUGUUCAAUGGGUGCUCCUAUUUUACGCUGUAUUUUCCUGUAUCUGGGAUACUGUUUCUUUGAAAACGUAGCUCCAUAUGGUCUGUAUGUUUUCGCUCAAAAUGGACUAAUCGUUCCCGUUAUUGAUAGCCAUCCGACCUUAAACGCUAACUGCGAGCACACUGUACGGGAAAUUCAAUACCAGAUAGUGCAGAAUGGGAAAUCGGAAAAAGACAAAUCACCAGGCAACCCAUUAUAUUUAAGCAAUAAAACAUUUACAAACCAUCAGUUUUAUGGGACUGAUGAAGACGGGAGAAUAGUGUCUGCAUAUGUUCCACAGUGUCGUCUGGAUCGACCAGACUUGUAUGUUGCUAGACAGUGUAAUGAGUAUGACUGCUUUUGUGUUAAUGUAACCACUGGAGUAACACUAUUGGGUACACGUGCAAGCCCUGUUGAAGUAGGAGAUUGUUCUACAGCCGUUUAUUCAGUUUUGCUUGCUUUACAUGUACGAAGUAUCCUGCCGACUUCUGUUGUUGGCGAACCGCAUCAAGAAAGUUCACCUGAGACUGGUGAUGUUGAUGGUGUGCUAUGGGAUUCCGAUGCCUCCUUAAAGUUACAUAUAAAAAAUAGCAUAGAAAGAAUUUUACGUUCGGCUGUUGGAUUUCAACAAGUAACAAGCGUUACUCGCAUAUCCACCAUUCCAGAUGUUCAAAAUUUGCAUAACAGUUCCGAAUUUGCAUACUAUCAAGUCCAGCUGACCUCUACUGGUCAUAGCUCUUUGCAAGCACCUCAGGAUCUUUUAGAAAAUCGCCUUCACGAAGGAUUUUUAUCAGAUGUUGGUGCUGUUGAUCCACGUAUAAGCUAUGUAAAAAUUCUAGAACCUAAAAUUCCAGACCCAGCACCUUUAGCAUCUCAUGAAUCUGAAGAUUUAUUGUCAGACAAACAAAUUAAUUUUCAUUUUUCUAAAAGUGAUAUAUCUCAGCAACAACACCAACAGUCUAAAUCUUCAUUACCAUCAGUUGGGCAUAAAAUGGUUGCAGUGAGAAGUUCAGAAAUGAACGAAAAUUCCUAUCUCGUUUCACAUGAAGCAUCAAGUUUAAAAUCUUUAGGUCCUAAAUCAUCGUCAUCCUCCGAAAAUGUAGCACAUAAACUUGGACCUUUUGAACCGAAUACUUUAAGCGGCGGUGUUUCGGCUGUACGUCAAACCUCAAUACAUAGUAGAUCACUUCAUCAGUCAUGGAAUUCUGGGACAUCAACAUCAAAAAUUUUAAGUCAACCUGGUGUAAUAGCUGGUAUCGUUGGAAGUGUAGUACUUGUUUUACUAUUGUUAAUUUUACUUAUUCUAUUCUGUAUUUAUCGUUUACGUAAAAAAGAUGAAGGAUCUUAUGCUUUGGAUGAACCAAAAAAAUUACCCACAGUUGACACUUAUACAAGAGCACCAACAAGAGAAUUCUAUGCUUAAAAAAGUAUAACUUGAAAAAGUGUUUCAUAAAUUGUAUAUUCCUUUUCCAGCCUUACACAUCCAUACAUAAAUUAAACAUGAAGUUGUUAUACUACUCUUCCUUCCGUUCAUCAUAUAAAUAUAUAUAAUAUUGAUUUUGCCAAUUAGGUAUCUGAUUAUUCAAUGUAAGCUAAUGUUUUAUAUUAUCCAUGAGCAAAUUCUUUUACUUUUGUUACUUUUAAAAGUGAAGAGAGGAGGUUGUUUUUUCUGCUGACUUUUUUUGACUUAAAUUAACAUUACUGAUUUUUGUAAUUGUGUAUAGUUUGAGCUGACGUCUAAAUUUCUUUCUUUCUUUUUAACUCUCCAUUUUAAACAUGAAAUUAAUCUGAAAUUAUUUUCUCUGUAUACAAAUGCCUGUAAUACAUUUUCUAAUACUACCUUGUCCGUUCCAAUUAUUAUUUUAUCAGUUUUCAUUUUGUUUCUAGUAAGUGCAAUAUUACAAUUAUUAUUAUUAUUAUUAUUAUU